GAAAUAGGAGGGGUUUAUUACUUUGUGGUUGUGGUAAAUAGUGACGACCGUCUGUGUGCGCUGUCAGAUUAGAGUUUAAUCCGUGGGGUUACGGUCAGAACGGGAACAAUAGCUAGUUACACCUGGAACAGGGCUCGAUAACCGCGAGGAAACGCUGGUUUGAAAGCGACAGGUUUUAUGGAUGAGUCAUCUAAGUAAAUUCAAGCAAUUUGAUAAUGAGGUUACUGACUAACGUUUAUAUUAGCAUUCAAAUGGAUUGCAAGUGAUUUGUCAAUCUGACACCCAGCUAGUUUGCUAGCUAACUCUUAAAAUCGAAUUAAGUUUAUCCACUAAGUAAAUAGUGAAGACUUUUGCUACACGGGACAAUCACCACUUCUCUGUUUUCUAUGGUCCAUAUCAAUUUGUGACAUUUUGACACGGAUUAACGCUGUUAGUAAUCGAACCUAAUCAAAUCAAUCCUCUCGGGAAGAAAACAAAUCUCUAUUCACUCUCAUAACUUCAAGACGGAGUAACCAGCUAGCGCUGCAAACUAGCUAGUCAAACUAGCUCAUCAAACUUGGUCCUGAGUGGAGACCAGACGGAACUAACAUGUCUGGAAAAGACAAAGACAAGGAGAACGCCGGAGAAAAACAAUCUACAACUGAGCGGCUCGUAAAAGCUGUUCCAUACCCUCCCCAGCAGCGUCUCUCUAUGAAGGAGCUGUUUGAGGAUGGCAAGCCCAACGCAGAGACGCUCCGCACCCACCUAGUGAAGGAGGGCCGGCUGGAGGAAGAGGUGGCCCUCCGGGUCAUCAACGACGGCGCCAACAUCCUGAGACAGGAGAAAUGCAUGCUGGAGGUAGAGGCACCCAUCACAGUGUGUGGAGAUGUCCACGGCCAGUUCUUUGACCUAAUGAAGCUGUUUGAAGUGGGAGGCUCGCCCAGCAACACACGUUAUCUUUUCCUUGGAGACUACGUAGACCGAGGCUACUUCAGUAUUGAGUGUGUGCUGUACCUCUGGUCACUCAAGAUCAAUCACCCGACCACACUCUUCCUCCUGCGAGGGAACCAUGAGUGCCGGCACCUCACAGAGUACUUCACCUUCAAACAGGAAUGUAAGAUCAAGUACUCAGAGCGCGUGUACGAUGCCUGCAUGGAAGCCUUUGACUGCCUGCCGCUCGCUGCUCUCCUCAACCAACAGUUCCUGUGUGUACAUGGUGGGCUCUCACCAGAAAUCAACUGCCUAGACGACAUUAGGAAAUUAGACAGGUUUAAGGAGCCUCCAGCAUUCGGCCCUAUGUGUGACCUGAUCUGGGCUGACCCAGGAGAGGACUACGGCAGUGAGAAGACAGCAGAACACUUCAACCACAACUCUGUUCGAGGCUGCUCCUACUUUUUCAGUUACCCGGCAGUAUGUGACUUUUUGAUAAAUAAUAACUUGCUGUCGGUAAUUAGAGCACACGAAGCACAGGAUGCAGGGUAUCGGAUGUACAGAAAAAGCCAGACUACAGGCUUUCCUUCAUUAAUUACAAUCUUCUCAGCACCAAAUUACCUAGAUGUAUACAACAACAAAGCUGCUGUAUUAAAGUAUGAGAACAAUGUGAUGAACAUUCGGCAGUUCAACUGCUCCCCCCACCCCUACUGGCUGCCCAACUUCAUGGACGUCUUCACCUGGUCUCUGCCCUUUGUCGGAGAGAAAGUGACAGAGAUGCUGGUGAAUGUGCUGAACAUCUGCUCAGAUGAUGAACUCAUGUCAGAAGGAGACGACCUGUGUGAAGAUGGAGGAAUCCCAGCAGUGCGUAAGGAGGUGAUCCGGAACAAGAUCCGAGCCAUCGGGAAAAUGGCCAGAGUCUUCUCUGUUCUCAGGGAGGAGAGUGAGAGUGUGCUGACACUCAAAGGACUGACCCCCACUGGGUCGCUGCCUCUAGGAGUGUUGUCAGGGGGCAAAGAGACCUUGCAUACCGCCGCCGCUGAGGCAGCGGAGGCAAAAGCUAUUCAAGGCUUCUCUCCCACGAGGAAGAUCAAGGACUUUGCGGAGGCGCAGAGCCUGGACAAAGUCAACGAGAGGAUGCCUCCACGCAAGGAUGGCCAGCAGCCGGUCAACCCAAAUGCCCCCAAGAAUGGCACAGACUAGGCCCGGAGAGUGACCCCCCCCUCUCUCAUCCUCACCAGACACAGGCCAUGGCCCUGUCUCAUACACCAAAACUAUCUUCUCUCGCUCUCUGUUUUCUAUCUCCCUCAUUCUCUCUCUAUCUCUAUCUCUCUAUCUCUAUCUAUCUAUCUCUCUGUCCCAUUGUGACUCUUCACCCAGCUGGCCUAUAGUUGGACAAGCACAGGACAUGUAGGUAGGGAAGACACCACCACACUGGGAGAAUGGUUUCAGACACCACAGAGUACAACCAUGAAAAUAAACAAAAAAACAUUUUAUUUAUUAAAUGAAUAAUAUUAGGUAUAUUAUGUAAUGCUACAAUUGAAUGAACACAUACAUUUCUAAGAUGUUCAAAUAAGCAUAUAACUAUGGUAAAUGUCAAAGAUCAAGACCAUUUUGUAAAUUUGAGUUGAGGAUUGAGGUAGCUAGUAAAGGAGACCUUAUCCUUUAUUAGUCAAUGCAAGUGUUUCUACUGUUAUUUUAUGUGCUUUGCAAGGGAAAGUUGACUGAAUCUACAGAUAUCUACAGUUUGUGCUCUCAUACAUGUUGUCCAUUUAAACAUAUAUGUGUUAAGUAGAGAGAAAAUAAUGAAGGGAACGAUUUGACACCAUUGCAGAAGAUUCUUUUAUACCUCCAGCAGAAGUUCAGUAGAACUGUUUUGUUCUUUCGUCUAAUUUCUUUGGUAAAAACCUUGAAACCACUGAAUGCUAUUUAUGCUGCUUUGGGUCAACUUGUUGCCCCUAUAUUUUAUAGUUAGGUUAAACAGGAUUUAAUUUGACAGCCUUUAGUCAAUCCUUGAGAAACUGCACAGAAUUUCCAAAUGAUUUGUCAAAGAAAUUUUAAAAAACCAUGACAGAAUUUAUUCUAGUUUGCUACGAUCAUUGAUGUGAUGUAUCAAUGGACGGUGAUUCGUUUUUCUAGUGCUAGGUGUUCUACAUAGUGUUUUGAUAGUUGUUGUUUGCAAGCUGUCACUAACCAACCAUUACUAACAGUGUGUUUAACUGAGGUCAGUUGGGGGGGGGGGGGGGGUUUAUAUAAUA